UAAAAUCACGCCGGACGGAACAAUACUGAUAAUAUUAUUGACACGGUCGUACGAAACGAUAAAACAAUUAGGUAUAAUUUAUUUCAAUCCUUACGUCAUACGAACCGCAUCGCACAGCCGUCGGAUACUUUUUGGUUUCCGUAGACUCUCGUGAUAUUAUUACACGAGCCCAGUGUUUUGGGUCCGACGACGGGGAGGUUAUACUUCCGCGUAAAACCGUACGUCGUCGAACGCACAACAAUACACGGUCAUCAGCUGCUGCCGCGCGUAAAUAAUAACAAACGACUAGGUACGCGAGGUAUAUACCGCGCCGAGUCGUCGUGCUCGCUACUCCGUAGCGUACGCGCUACGAUGUAUUAUUAUUAUUAUUAUUAUUAAUAUUUUACAAUAAUAUUAUGUAACGAACAUAACGAGAUUACGCCGUGACGGCUGCACAGACCUAAAUACGGGAGACGGCACCGACUCGUGGACGGACGCUAUCGGAGAGCGUUCCCGUGACGCUCGGACUCAGGCGCCGUAUCACUGUAUCAGUAGACCAGUCGGUACUCAGUACGACUUUUGCCGGCGAACCGGAUACGGACGCGCUCGCGAGAAUCAUGAGGUCCGACGUCAUAAAGUCCGCGGCAAUCGUGCUGCUGUUCCUCCUGAGCCUGUCGGCCUCUUCCGGCGCGGUAUUCCAGUGGUCGCUGGACUCGACCCGCUGGCGGUUCGUUAACAGGAAUACCAGCGUCUCUGGGACGGGCCGCGUGCCGGGCGGCGUGUUCGCCGACUUGAGGUCCGACGGCGUUCUGGACGAAGACCCGUUGCGCCGGUACAACGACGUGGCAUACCGAUGGGUGUCCGAGGACGAUUGGACUUACUCCACGACUUUCAAAGUGAAUUCGAGUUUUGAAUUAUUCAAUAAAAAGUAUAUUAUUUUCGAUGGAAUAGAUACUUUUAGUGAUAUUUAUUUGAAUAAAAAACUAAUCGGUUCAACGAAUAAUAUGUUUGUGAGGUAUACUUUUGCCGUUGAAGAAUUUCUUAAAUACCAGGAAGAGGAAAAUCUACUGGAAGUCAUCAUCAAAUCACCUAUACGCAUGGCAAAUAAUUUUUUUAAUGAUUAUUCUAAAAAAAUUCCACCAUUUUGUGUUCCUAAAGAAUACAACGGGGAAUGUCAUGUAAACUACUUAAGAAAAAUGCAAAGUUCAUUUGGAUGGGAUUGGGGUCCUGCAUUUCCAUCAGUUGGAAUAUGGAAAAGCGUAAGGAUAGUAAUGUUCCAAGACAAUUUACUAGAAGAUAUUAAAACUGAAACAAUUGCGGCAAAUACUACACAUUGGUUAUUAAAAACUGAUAUGUACAUUACAUGUUUUGGAAGUAUUUCUGAUGCUAAAUUUAAAUUAGCUUUGAAUACUGAAAAAAGUAUUUUAAGUAAAGAACGGAAUUGUUGUAACGAUUUAUGCGUUGAAAACGAAAUGCAUACUGCCAUUGAAUUAUAUGUACCUAUGACUGACAUAAACACUUGGUGGCCUAAUGGAUAUGGUGAACAGCCGCUGUAUAAUUUAAGCAUAGAAUUUGUAACUAAAAGUGAUGUUCAGUCAAAAAUAAUUUCUAUAGGAUUCAGAACAGCUGAACUAAUCCAGGAACCAAUUGAUAAAAAUGAUCCAAAAUUGGGAUUAUCUUUUUAUUUUAAAAUAAAUGGCGUGCCAAUAUUUGCUAAAGGCACUAAUUACAUUCCGGCCAACAUAUUUCCAGAGAAUAUGAAUAAUGAAAAUGUUAUAAUUAAUUUAUUAACUGCAGCAAAACAAGUUCAUAUGAAUACCAUUCGUGUGUGGGGCGGUGGAGUGUACGAGAGCGAUGAAUUUUACAAUAUAUGUGACAAGUUAGGUAUAAUGGUGUGGCAAGAUAUGAUGUUUGCAUGUAAUAUGUAUCCAACAAAUCAACAAUUUUUAGAAACAGUAGGGGUAGAAAUAAAGCAACAAAUUAGAAGAUUACAACAUCAUCCCAGCAUAAUAUUGUGGGCAGGUAACAAUGAAAACGAAGCUGCAUUAAGAGGCAAUUGGUAUGGAACGAGAAAUAAUUAUUCUAUGUUUGCUUCUGACUAUAUUGCACUUUAUGUCAACACAAUAAAAAAAACAAUAAUGGAGGAAGAUAAAACAAGAAAUUUUGUGGUAUCAAGUCCUUCAAAUGGCUUAAAAUCUGAUGAAGAAAAUUAUAUAGCGGAAAAUCCAUAUAGUGCUUUAUAUGGAGAUGUACAUUACUAUAACUAUGAAGUUAAUAGCUGGAGUUCAAUUUUUUUUCCAUGGACUAGAUUUGCAUCAGAAUAUGGGUUACAGUCUCUUCCUGCAUAUCAGACACUGCAAAACGCUUUUGAUAUAAAUGAUUUAAAGCAAUUUCCUUCACCAGCACUAAUUCAUAGACAACAUCUACCUUUAGGAUAUGGGUUUAUGUUAUAUCAAAUAGAAAUCAAUUUACCUGUCCCACCAAAGCCCACUGUUAGUGAUUAUGUGUACUUGAGUCAAAUUGUUCAAGCUAGGGCUAUGAGAAUACAAACAGAAUGGUAUCGAAAACAUAGAAAUACAUUAUUAAAAGAUGGUAGAGGUUUAACAAUGGGUGCAUUAUAUUGGCAAUUAAAUGAUGUAUGGCAAGCACCAACUUGGUCAUCAAUAGAUUAUGACCAAAGAUGGAAAAUAUUACACUAUAGUGCAUUAGAUUUUUUCUCACCGAUUAUCAUAGUUCCAGAAUUAGAAAUUUCAAAUAAUUUAACAAUUCAUGUUGUUUCUGAUAGUCUAGUUGAUUUGGAAGUAAUUUUUAAUGUAGAAAUAUUUAAUUGGAAAAGCAAUAUUCCACUCACUACAUACAUAUCAGAUACUAUAUUAUUGAAAAAUAAUAGUGCCCAGUUAGUUUUAAAUGAAAACUAUUUUAAUUGGCUAAAUGCAAUUACACAAAAAUGUGGUCAAAGCAAAGACCAACAGAUUCGAUCUUGUUUUUUGCACACUAAACUAUAUUAUAACAAUAAAAAUAUGACAGAGGCGUCUCCAUCUAAUUACCUGUUUCCAAGCACAUUCAACAAAAUAAUUGGUUAUGAGACACCUAAUAUAUCGGUGUCUAGAAUUUGGCAAGAAAAGAAAAACCAAAUAAAUGUUGCAUUGGAAUCAACAGGAAUAGGCUUGUUUGUUUGGCUAAAUGUCACUCAAAUAGAUGGUAAUUUCAAUGAAAACGGAUUUGUUAUGUUAAACGAAACAAAAACUGUGAAAUAUACAUCAAACAAAGAUAUCUCAAUAAAACAGUUUAAUUUAGAACUUAAACACCUUAAAACAAAAUUUAUAUAGUUUUAUAAUGUUACAUUUCAAAAAUAAAAAAAAUAAAAAUAAAUAUAUAUACAUUGUUUGUAAAUCACUAAAUCACUUACCUUAGAUCAAAUUAUAAACAUAUAUAAAUAAAAUAAAAUUGUCUUUCAUGGA